AACGGUUUGCCGCCAAGCGCGGCAGCCUGCGCGGGAAAAUACUCUUCAGCGGACGGUCAGCAAGCAGCCAGUGGCUAGUGCAGUUGAGCCUCUUCACCGACUGAGCGAACAACUGGGUUCCGACGAGGUUCAAAUUCUAGCCGCCAGAAGUUUGGCAUGCUUCUACUAUCUCCAACAACGACCGGCGGUAUUCACCAAAGGACGGCGCUUAAUCACUUGCGGAUAAUCGAGCGUGUACCCGCCGCGUCGUUUCACGAAUAGUGGCCGGUCAUUUUUUUCGCUGCUCUGUAACCGUCAGUGGACGACUUAGUCCGACAAGAAACCCGCUUUCAAGUUGCCACUCCUGUCUUCAAAAUAGGUCCAUCAGUUCCGCGUUAGCUUCUACUUACCGCCUCUCGAUCCCCCCCGACGUGAAAUCUUGAAGUCUUACACCGACACUUCACAAUAAGGAUCUUAGAUCAGAGGUUCACAGGUUCAUAUUCUCAAAACAGCACAUUGAUAACCCAUAGAAUUAGCGGGAUUAGCACGUCCAGUGGCGUCGCCUGUAUAGAGCCCACGAAGGUCUUACAAGCGUCACGCAGCCCGCGCUCCAUAGUGACGAUUGUCGAGACGCCUCAAAACUCGGCCCGUACUCGAUAGUGAAUCCGUCUCGAGGAGCCUAGUAGUACACUAGUUCUUCGUGCCAUAGAGAAUUUUCGUCGCCGCGCGUCACGAGCCCUGAAGUUCGCAAGCUUCUAGCACCUGAUAGUAGGCUGAAUCAGGUGCUUGGCAGCUCGGUGAAGUCAUGGAGACCCGGUUCGGCAGCCAUCCACUGGCCGCGUUGACGAUUUUCGUGCUCCUGACCGCGUCGCUUGCCGUCGUCGCAUCGUUCCCCCUGGAGGUGCGCGCCUCCGACCUGGCACCGCUCCCUACGCGGCCCUUGCGCCCAACUGCCCCCGCGCAACUGCCCCUGCUCCCGCGCAACCUCCGCGCGAAUCCGUUUCCGCCUGUUCCGUCUCCGCGCACCAGCGCAGCAGAGGGAAUGGCCGGCGGAGAAGCUGGGCCCCCGCAUCCCCCGCAUGGACAGCAGGAGUGGCUCGAUUCGUCGCACGAUGUGUCGCACGAGACGUCGCAAGCUUUGUCGCACGAUCGCCAGCCGCUUAUGCUGGAAUGGCAAGGGGGGCGCGUCAGCAGGCGCGUGGUCUGGCGGAACGCACGUGUUGGGGGGAACAUGGCGGAAGGGCAACCGGAAUUGGGGGGAGGAACGGGCGGAAUGGCGGGGGUGGAGGGGCAAGCGGAGGGGGACGAGUGGGAGGGAAUAGCGAGGCGGAAACAGGCAGGGAAUGGAGAGGGAUGGGGAGAGGGCGGCACGAGGAGAAGCGAGGGGAGUUCUGCGCCACGCGAGCAAGCCGAGCGGCGAGAGGAAACCGAGCGGCGCGAACUGCUGCUCUUCGACGGGUCGCGCAUGCUGCCUAAGAGGCGGGGCGCGUGCGUGUACUAUUACAAGACCGGUCGGUUCACUCUUAAGUACAUCAACCCGCGCAACACCACGCUCUCUCCGUACGACGCGUGGGCGCCCAAGGGCAAGCGGCGCGUUCUAAGCGGCGACUGCCGCUUCGCGCUCAACGCGCAGUGCAAGAUAGUCAGGACCUUCCCCAACGCGUGUGACGACGGCGACCGCUGCCGCACCAGCCGCUGCGUGUGGUACGGCAACCGAAUCGCCUCCCCCGCCGCCUGUUUCCCCUUCCCCUCGUGCUUCUUCGCGCCCGCGCGCUGCUCCCGCUCCCCCCGCAUUCUCUGCGCCAAGAAACGUCCCGCCAACGUCUUCCACGUUGUGGAUGAUUUCGGCGCCGCGGGGAACGGGAUUGUGAACGAUGCGCGCCCGAUUACGGCGGCAUUUGAUGCUGCCUGCCGGUAUGCGGCUAAUGCGGCCGUUCCUGCUGCUGCGGGGAGCAAGGUGGGGAGGCAUGCGAUAGUGGUGAUUCCUAAAGGGAAGGUGUUUAAGUUUGGGAGUCCCAUGGUGUGGCAGGGCCCGUGUGGAGCGGGGAAUAUGACUAUAAAGCUGAAUGGAAAGAUGACCUUUCCGCUUAAUCCCCUCGCGUUUCGUGGGGUUCCCGAUUUUAUUCUGCUCCUGGACCGCAUCCAACGGCUGAGGAUCAUCGGGGGGGGCUCGAUCAACGGCAUGGGGUUCGUGUGGUGGGACCUGUUUGAAAAGAAGAAGCUUAAGUGGAAUGAGAAGAUCAGGCCGGGGAUGCUGUACCUGCACCGGUGUAACAACGUGGAGAUACAAGGAAUCACACUUAGAAACCCCCCAAUGCAGCACCUGCACCUGUACCGCUGCAGCAACGUGCGCAUCAGCGGCGUUAAAACACGUACGCCAGCAGACAGCCCCAACACGGACAGCAUUGGCAUUGGCAUGUCCUCCAAUGUCACUGUAGAGAACUGCAAGCUACAUGCAGGUGACGACAAUGUGGCGAUCACAGGCGGCAGCAGCAACAUUCUUCUGAGGAACCUAGUGUGCACUGCUGGCCACGGCAUCAGCAUCGGCAGUCUGGGCGUGGGCGGCAGCCUGGCGUGUGUGUCGGACGUGCGGGUGCAGAACGUGCAGCUGGCGGCGCUCUCCAACGGGCUGCGAAUCAAGACGUACCAGGGCGGCCAGGGUGCCGUGUGGAACAUCCACUACGAGAAUGUCACCAUGCUGGACGUCACCAAUGCCAUCAUUGUGGACCAGAACUACUGUGACCGUAACAAUGUCGGGCCUGAGGGGUGUCAGAGCAGCAGCAGCAACGCCAUCGCCGUCUUCAACGUCUCCUACCGCAACGUCACCGGCUACAGCAACGGCAGCCGCGGGAUCGACUUCUCAUGCAGCCCCAACGCCCCCUGCCAGGCCAUGUCACUGGAUGCUAUCAAUAUCAAGCGGUCGCUACAGUCGACUUAUUCUAGUCUGGGCGCUCGUUAUAGGAACGCGUAUGGCAGCAGUGUGAGGGUGGUUAGUCCGAAGGUGGCGGGUGGGGCGGGGUGGAGCACUGCUAGCAUUGCUGUGUCUAAGACGAGUAACAUCGCGGCGCAAGCAGCCAAAUGCGGAGUGACCUAUCCCCUGUCCACAACCACUGGUAGCAGCAGCACCAACACCACCAGCACCAAUAGCACCAGCAGUGGAACCAGCACCAACAGCACCAGCACCAGCACCAAUAGCACAAGCAGCAGCACCAGCAGCGGCACCAGCACCAACAGCACUGGCAGCAGCGCCAACAGCACCAGCGGCAGCAAUAGCACAAGCAAUGUCACAGCUACAACAUCCCAAACCAGGAGCAGCAGCAGCAGCAGCAGCAGCAGCAGCAGUGCUGGUAGCAAUUCAAGUGGCAGCAGCAAGGCAUCCAAGUCAAUACAGCCCAUGCAGUCAGGAGGACUAGCAGGGGGUGACAGCAGCAGCAACAGCACUAACAGUACCAACACCAGCACAAGUAGCAGCGGCAACGGCAGCAGCGGCAACGGCAGCAGCAGCAACAGUACCAGCAGCAGCAGCAGCACCAGUGGCAGCGCCAGCACUGGAGGUUCAAGUGCAGAACUAGCAAGUAUCAGAAGCAGCCGAGGGGAGGCAGGAACGGAUGACAACAACACUAUCACAGGUGCCGGCAAGACUGGUAGUAGCAGGAGCAACAAGAGUGCCCAAAGUACGAGCAACAGGAGAGGCAGUAGCAGCAGCAGUAGCAAGUGUGGCAGUGGCAGUAGCAGGAAGAGUGGGAGUAGCAGCAGCAGCAGCAGCAAGUGUGGCAGUAGCAGCAGCACCAGCAAGAGUAGCAGUAGGAGCACCAGCAGCAAGAGUGGCAGCAGCAGCAAGGGUGGCAGCAGCGGCGGCAGCAUCAGCAGCAGCAGCAGCAGCAGCAGCAGCAGCAGCAGCGGCAGCAUCAGCAGCAGCAGCAGCAGCAGCAAGAGAGGCGGUAACACUGGUACUGGUGGCAGUACAACAGGCAGCAACACGGGAGCUGAUGAUGCUGGUGCUGGUGAGGGUGAGGAGGAGCGAAAGGGCGUGCAGAUGAAAUCGAGAUGGCACGGGCAGGAAUGGAACAAGCCAUGACUCAUGAGUGAUUCUUUCACUUCAACAGAGACACUCCUUGAGGACAUCGGUGUCAACUUAUCCCUUAAGACAACCGCUAAGCCUGUUUUUUGGAACCAUGCGUGACACGUUUUGUGUCCUAUAAGUGCUCAAUAACGGGACGACGGAGUUGUUAUUCGGUGCAGAUCUGCUAGGUUGGGCUGGGUUGGUUAAGCUGAUGUGGCACAGAGAGUUGGGCAAGCAAAUGCUUGCCAACAUCGUGACACGAUGGUUGUCUUAUGGUUUUAUGCUAGCACAAACCCGGAUAACUGACCUACAAUAACACCGUUACACCGCA